CUGUCCCUUGGAACGUGACGUCAACUCUUUAGAUAAUACCGGGAUUUCCCGUUCAGUUAUUUCGGUUUCAUGACCAGCGUAGCAGUUGUCGAAUGUUUGCAGAACGAUUUUAGAUGUAAAAUUUCCUGCAGUUAUCUUUGAAAUGCCUACACGAAUUCAGGUGAAGGUUGUUACUAAACAGAUAAAAUAUUUGGAAGAAAAGAUACAAGUUCUGGAAACUACCAUUGAACUUAUGAAAAAUGUUGUUACAAAAAGUAAGGCGUGGCUAGAAGAAAAAACUGACCAAUCAUCUGUCAGCUACAUCGAGCUAUCACAAGAACUGGACACAGCAGCCACGGCCUUGUUGGAUGUGACGUCACAUAUUUCAGAUGAAGACAACAAGGAUGUCAACAAACCAACGCCAUCUUUACCACAGCCUGACACACAGACAACAGCAACAUUUCUAACAGGAGAAUCAACAAGACAACUCAAGACACAAGUUCAACAUACAGCGGUUGAAGAACAUCCUGACCUAGAGCGAAGACUCUCCUAUAUUGAAACAACACUAUCUUCACUACAGGACACACAACACAAGUCUACAGAUGACAUAUCAGAAAUAAAACAAUGGAGAGAUAACUUUGUAACAGAACAGAGUGACAUGGGGGUAAACAUUGAACAACUGACUAAAAAACAAAAGCAGAAUUUUAAAAACCUCAGAAAACAAAUGAGUGAACAAGAUAACAAAGUAAAGGAGCUGAACAAAGAAAUUGAAAGUUUAAAAAAAAAAGAAUCCAAGUCAAACAAAACACUAGAGAAACUGUCUCUAGAUAUGAAAGAAUAUGAAAACAAAGUGCGCGAAAUAAACAAAAACAUGCAAGAUAUAAGGGACAGUAUGAAAGAAGGAAUUAAAAGCCAAUCUGAUUUGAUUGUUUCUUUACAAGAUGAAAAUAAUAAAAUCUUGGACAAAACAUCAACCCAAUUUGAAAAGUUACAAUCAAAGCACAAUGUAAUGUAUAAACUCCUACAACAAAGAUUGAUGCCCAUUGACAAACUGAUUCAAAUCUUUAACAAGAACUUUGAAACUAGGGAAGAAAAAUUAAAUAAGCUGGGUGAACUUGAAAAUACUAUUUCAAAGUUGUCUAACGAUUUUCAUCUGAUAGAGUCACGUGUAUGUAACAGAUAUGCUUGUUAUGUGGAGCUUGCUGAUGCCACACAUGUCAGUGCUGGAUCAACUAUUUCAACAUUUAGUGAAGUACAUGAAUAUGGCGGUCAACAUUUUAAUCGAACAACAGGAACAUUUGUAUCACCACAUGAUGGUUUAUAUCUUGUCUGUGUCACUCUACAUGAAUAUGAAUACAAACAGAUUAUAGUUGCUGUGUGGGCUGGAGGCGUGUGGUGUAUGUCUGUAGAAGUGAAAUGUGUCGACACUAGCGCUGCUGGGUCAGUGGUUGUUGACAUGAAGAAAGGUCAAGAACUUUACUUUAAAGUGGUGGAAGCAGAUCAAGACGCAGCUUUAUCCGGCUACAGUAGUUUUACUAUCGUUAGUUUAUAGAAGUACAACACAAAACAUGGUGGAUGGUAAAUUCUCAAAAAUAAAAUAUGUAACCAACAUGUUAAAUACACGCAAUCAACGUACUAUGUGUGAAGACUACAUGUAUACACCUACUUAAAUGGUUUAUAUGUUAUUUGUUUAGUUAACAUUAUACACAUUCAUAUAAUUUAAUGUGAUCACCAAUUAUUGUUCUAUUUGAUUUAAAUAAACAUAUAACUGUAUUUUUAUGUACAUUUUUACUUCUCUGUAUUAGAACUUUAUGUGUAAUAUAUAAUUUAUGUACGUUUAAUGUGAUAAAAAUAAAAAUACAAUGUUUGUGUGUGUUAAAUAUGAAACUGAUAUAUAAGAAGUUGUUUUUCGAGAUUAAACACGGCUACACUC